AAGAUGAAAAUUGGAGGUGGCGGUUUUGGCGAAAUUUACGAAGCUAUCGAUUUGCAAAAUCAUAAUGAAAGAGUAGCGGUGAAGGUGGAAUCGAGUAAAGCUGCCAAGCAAGUACUUAAGAUGGAAGUUGCCGUGCUACGAAGACUUCAAGGAAAAUGGCAUGCAUGCAAAUUUUACGGGUGUGGACGAAAUGAGAAAUUUAAUUAUUUGGUAAUGAGCUUACAAGGCAAAAAUUUAGCUGAUUUACGUCGUGAAUCACCCAAGCAAUCAUUUUCAUUGUCAACAGCAAUUCGGAUUGGAUUACAAAUUUUGAAUGCUAUCCGAGAAAUACAUUCUAUCGGUUUUUUACAUCGUGAUAUCAAACCUUCAAAUUUUGCAAUUGGUCGAACGAAUGCUACAUGUAAAAUGGUUUUUAUGCUCGAUUUUGGUCUUGCACGACAAUAUCUCAAUGCAAAAGGUGAAAUUCGAAAUCCAAGAAGUGCGGCUGGUUUUCGAGGCACCGUACGAUAUGCUGCUAUUUCAGCUCACAAAAAUAGGGAAAUGGGUCGACAAGAUGACCUAUGGUCACUAUUUUAUAUGUUGGUCGAAUUUUUGCAAGGUUCCCUACCAUGGAGGAAGAUUAAGGUGAAAAAACCGGUAUUACAUUAA